UUUUUCUUUUUCUUUUUCUUUUUUUUGCGAGAAGCCAGCCACACGCACACACGUUCUGUUAAUUAUCCGGCAAAUUAAAGACGAUCGAGCACCAGAGACGACGACACGACACACACACAUGUACUACGUACAGUCGUCCAUGGAGGCGGCGGGCGGCGGCGGCGGUCCUCCUCCCGCUGUGACUGCGUGCGCGGCGUGCAAGUACCAGCGGCGGCGGUGCGUGGCGGACUGCCCGCUGGCGCCCUACUUCCCGCACGACCGGUCUCGCGUGUUCCGCAGCGCGCACCGCCUCUUCGGCGUGAGCAACAUCCUCAAGACGCUGGAGCGCGCCGGGCCGGACCCCGACCGCCGCCACGAGGCGAUGCAGUGCGUCGUCUACGAGUCGCAGGCGUGGGACCUCUACCCGUCCGCCGGCUGCGUCCCCAUCAUCCAUGGCCUGCAGCAGCGGAUACACCAGGUGGAGAACGAGCUCCGACGCGUCCGCGCACACCUCCAGGCCUACCAGCAACCACAACCACGGGAUAUCGUCGAUGAUGCCGCCGCCGGCGUCCGCUACUCCUCCAUGCCGCCGUCAUCUCCACCGCCGUUCCAGUUACAAUGGACGGCGGCGGCCAUGGGUGAGGACGACGAGGGCAUUGCUGCUGCUGCUGCUGCUGCUGCUCGAGAUGAUGAGCGGCAGAUGAUGAUCAACGACAACGCCGUCACUUCCGACGACGAUGGCAACAACAUGCCGCCGCCGCCGCCGCCGCACACAACGCUGCGGUGGACCUUACAGCCACCGCAGUACGAGCAUCCGUUCUUCGUCAACGAAACGUCAAUGCUGCCCCAAUUCCAAUUCCAUUACCAGCACCACCAACCCGUCGUCGCUGUCUCCACCCAGCUGCCGGAGUUGCAAGAAGACGACAUGACGAUGGUCAAUUACUUUGCUGAUGAUGAUGGUAUCAACAACGGUGAAAAUGAUGAGAUGCCUCGUCGUCAAUCUAGUACGGAUUCUUCGGGUGAAAAGGCGAUGUGGAUUAAGAUGAAGGAUAACAAUUAAUGGCGGCUUCAUCAAGCAGGACGAUGUUGCUUCUUCCUCCACCCUUCCUGCUGCUGCAAACAAAACUUAAUCACGCUGCGACAGAACCUGCAGAAUAUAUCAUCGUCAUUCUCUUAAAUUCUGAUGAAGUAGGACCAAAAUAAUUUCUUUCUUUUAGUUAACUUGCUAGCUAGCGCAAGUAUUUUAGAUUUAGUUUUAUUUUCCCAUAUCCCGGGCUAGCUAGGUCUGCUCUAAUAAAUGUCCGGGCGAUUCCAGUUGUGUGUGC